AUGAGGUUGGAGUUCGCGUUUGUAUUUAUUGUAAUUCUGCUUGGCCUUGCGAAAUUCGGGAAGGCAGAGAUUUACAUAGUGACUGUUGAAGGAGAGCCUGUUGUAAGUUACACGGGUGGUGUCGAUGGCUUUGAAGCCACUGCCGUGGAAUCUGAUGAUGAUCACAAGGUUGAUUCCACGAGUGAGGUGGUGAUUUCUUAUGCUCGCCACCUUGAAAAGAAACAUGACACGCUUCUGGGGUUGCUGUUUGAGCGUGGGACGUAUGAGAAACUCUAUAGUUAUCGACAUCUUAUAAAUGGGUUUGCUGUUCAUCUUUCAACGGAACAGGCAGAAACUCUUAGACAGGCUCCUGGGGUGAAAUCUGUUGAGAGGGACUGGAAGGUGAAAAGUUUCACAACACAUACCCCACAGUUUUUGGGGCUUCCAACUGGGGUGUGGCCAACAGGAGGUGGUUAUGAGAGGGCUGGAGAAGACAUUGUGAUUGGAUUUGUGGACUCUGGGAUCUACCCUCACCAUCCAAGCUUUACCACUUAUAACACUGAACCGUAUGGGCCAGUUUCGAGAUAUAGAGGAAAAUGUGAGGUUGAUCCUGACACUAAAAAAAGUUUCUGUAAUGGGAAAAUUAUUGGAGCACAACAUUUUGCUCGAGCUGCAAUAGCUGCGGGGGUAUUUAACCCUUCAAUUGAUUUUGAUUCACCCCUAGAUGGAGAUGGGCAUGGGAGUCAUACAGCCUCUAUUGCAGCUGGAAGAAAUGGAAUUCCUGUGAGGAUGUACGGACAUGAAUUUGGGAAAGCAAGUGGAAUGGCUCCCCGUGCCAGGAUUGCUGUGUAUAAAGCACUAUAUAGACUCUUUGGAGGAUUUAUUGCAGAUGUAGUUGCUGCAAUUGAUCAGGCUGUGCAUGAUGGGGUGGAUAUACUUAACCUAUCAGUUGGACCAAGUAGUCCUCCAUCGAACACCAAAACUACGUUUUUGAACCCUUUUGAUGCUACACUUCUUGGAGCAGUGAAAGCCGGUGUGUUUGUCGCACAGGCUGCUGGAAAUGGUGGUCCUUUUCCUAAGUCAUUAGUUUCAUAUAGUCCAUGGAUAGCAACAGUAGCAGCUGCAAUUGAUGAUCGUAGAUAUAAAAACCAUUUGAUCCUUGGAAAUGGAAAAAUCUUAGCUGGAAUUGGGUUGUCACCUUCUACACGUUUAAACCAAACAUUCAAGUUGGUUGCUGCAAAUGAUGUGCUUCUAGAUUCUUCGGUUACGAAGUACAGCCCCACUGAUUGCCAGAGGCCAGAAGUUUUAAACAAGAAUUUAAUAAAGGGAAAUAUACUUCUCUGUGGCUAUUCUUACAAUUUUGUUACUGGUUCUGCAUCAAUAAAACAAGUGUCAGAAACAGCGAAGGCUCUUGGAGCAGUUGGAUUUGUUCUGUGUGUUGAAAAUGUUUCUCCUGGAGCAAAAUUUGAUCCGGUCCCAGUUGGCAUUCCUGGGAUUCUUAUCACAGAUGCCAGCAAAUCAAAGGAACUGAUAGAUUAUUAUAAUAUCUCUACACCCAGAGACUGGACUGGAAGGGUGAAGACUUUCACAGGUACAGGUAAAAUUGAGGACGGUUUGAUGCCUAUUCUCCAUAAAUCUGCACCACAAGUAGCAAUAUUUUCUGCUAGAGGACCAAAUAUAAAGGACUUUAGCUUCCAAGAGGCAGAUCUUCUCAAACCAGAUAUAUUAGCUCCGGGUUCUUUGAUUUGGGCUGCUUGGUCUGUAAAUGGAACUGAUGAGCCAAAUUAUGCUGGAGAGGGGUUUGCCAUGAUAUCUGGGACUAGUAUGGCUGCACCACAUAUAGCUGGAAUUGCUGCUCUCAUAAAGCAGAAACAUCCACAUUGGAGUCCUGCUGCCAUUAAAUCAGUCUUAAUGACAACAUCAACAACUCUAGACAGAGCAGGGAAUCCUAUUCUAGCCCAGCAAUAUUCUGAAUCAGAAGCUAUGAACCUGGUCAGAGCCACUCCUUUUGAUUAUGGGAGCGGACACGUUAAUCCAAGAGCUGCCUUGGACCCUGGCCUCGUCUUUGACGCAGGGUAUGAGGAUUAUCUAGGGUUCUUGUGCACAACACCUGGCAUUGAUGUUCAUGAGAUAAAGAACUACACAAACGCACCAUGCAACAACAGCAUGGGGCACCCAUCAAAUUUAAACACUCCAUCUAUUACAAUUUCCCAUCUUGUAAGAACUCAAAUUGUGACACGCACUGUGACGAAUGUUGCUGACGAGGAAGAAACCUACGUGAUCACAGCCAGGAUGCAACCAGCCGUUGCCAUUGACGUGAACCCUCCAGCAAUGACCAUUAGACCAGGUGCAUCACGUAAGUUUACUGUGACACUGACUGUUCGGUCAGUGACGGGAACUUAUAGUUUUGGAGAGGUGUUAAUGAAGGGAAGCAGAGGACACAAGGUGAGGAUCCCUGUUCUUGCCAAUGGAUACUCAAGAUAG